CAAUCUCUCUUCCCCAUCUUCCUUUCCCAUUCAGCAACGCUUCAGAACUUGCACCCAAGAAGGGAAAAUGGAGGACCUGUGGAAGCCAUCCAAGAAGGGAAGAUGGGGCAAUGCCCAUCCAACAUCAUCAUCCUCACGAUCAUCUUCAUCUUCGUCGUCUAAGUUUGCUCUUCCCCGGAGUUUCUCAACCAAGAGCUCUUCCUCCAACUCCCCUAGUAGUUACCUCGUGAGGAGCGGCUCCCAGCGGAGCUCGUUAUCCUCGUCGUCGUCGAGUACCCCCUCGUCCAAGGGCUCGCUCUCCCGGAGCUUGUCUCAGAAAGGCUCCAACGUGACGCGCAGGUGCAGCAACUUGGCCAAGGAGCAGAAGUCGAGGUUCUACAUCAUGAAGCGCUGUGUGGCCAUGCUCAUCCGCUGGCACAAGCACGACGAUUCCUGACACAAUGGACUCGGGACUAUAACAUGUAUGGGGGGACUGUCGUACGUAUAGUAUACAGACGGAUCCGAUCCAGAAAUGGAACGGCGACAGAACGAGUACUUUCGAUCCAGAGGAGCCGAUUCUCGGUUCCAAUUUUUGUUCUCUCUUUACUCUUCUUCUACUUCUUUUUUUCCGGGGAAUUGGAUGCACUUGUGAUUGUUGUUGACAUGUCGAGUGAGCUACGUACAGCUUUUUACUCGGGGUUGUAAUUUGCACCAAAUAGAUUUGAAUCACGUGAGAUUGAUCCCAUCUAGUACCACAGAUUUUGUCUCUUGGGUCCUUGGUUUUGUGAGAGAUGAAAAUACUUAUGGAACUCAAAUCAUCUUAGGAAAAUGUACUAGAAUCCCAGUAGAUCCGAGGAUGAAAGAUCAAUGUAUUGAUCCCAGCAUCAUCACUCAUAUUCACGUAAAUCAGCCGAGGGACAGACGGAAAG